AGUACGGCUAGGAGGACGACGACGAAAUGAUGGCGACCGCCGCAGAAGAAAUAUUUCAAAGCCCAUAUCCCAUUUCUGAGCGCCAUGUCACGACUAUGUCCAUCAAAAUUACGCGGAAAAACCAGGAUAAACCCUGGAAAUUGAGAUUAAUUUACCUGCAGUGCUAUUUUAUGUCAAUUGCAACGAUACUGGGAACUGGAAUCUUAGGACUUCCUGUCACAAUAGCACAUGCAGGACUCUUGCCUUUCCUGGUCUCCUUUAUAAUUGGUUUCUUUGUGCAGGCUCUCCUCAUAUACCUCUUUGUUGACCUGCUCCAGCGAUGCCAAGUUGUCCAGAUUGAGUCAUUGAAGACUACAGAGACAGAGCGAAUUCUAAUGCAAGACGUUGGAUUGGAGGACCCUGUUCUCACUAAUACAGAGGAGGAGGAAGAGGAGGUGGAGGAUGGGGAAGAAGCAGACACAGGCCUCCUGCAGCAGGACGCGGCCAGACAGACUCUGGAGGAGAAGCUGCAGCCUAAUCUCCAUGUGUUGGGGCUCCUCUUCCUCAGCAAACCUAUGAGCCAUGCCUUCAACUUCAUCCUACUCUUCCAGUUUGUGUCUAUUGGGAUCAGCUAUGUCCUAGCUGGCAGUGAGGCCUACGCCGCUCUUCUACAUGUGAGCCAUAUCUAUGUCAUUCCUGGGUUUACCUGGACACUCUCUCUUGGAAUCCUGCUGGCUCAGAUGGUCAUUCAGCCAAUCACGUCGCUACUGACCCUCCUGAAAGGCAUCAUGCUGAUCAUCACAGUGGCCGUGACAUUUGCUUUGGGGUCAGAAGUUCAACAGGAGACCACAAAUGACUUCAGCCAAAUUGGUAAACCUUUCCUAAUGGGCACCGUUGCACUGGGAGGUAUUGUCAACGUGAUGCCUCUCCUGUUCUCAGAAAUAUCUCACAACAAGACACAGAUCAUGUGGUUCAGAAGAGUCAUACUGGGAGGACUAGCCACAUGCACUGUUCUGAAUAUAUUAUGGUGCUGGGCUGUUUUGGAGAUCGUCCCCCAGAUGUCAGUUCAGAGGGUUAUGGAGGAAAGUGUGGUGAACACUACCAGUGGUGUCGUCUCUGAGUCCUCUCCAACAGCCUACACCAUGGUCUACUCCAACAUCUCCCUGGAGGAGUCAGAGAAAGCAGGAGAGAUUGCAACAAUCCGAACAUCUUCAAUGCACAUUGGUAUAAGUGUCUGGAACUGGGGAGAUGCGAUACCAUUCUUCCACGAGAAAUUCCAUAAUUUGGUGUUUUGUUGAUGGUGGUGGAAAAUACUGUCUCAGGCACCGCUCCAAAAUAUCCCAAGUGUUCAAUUGGGUUGACAUCUGGUGACUGAGACAGCCAUAGCAUAUGGUUUACAUCGUUUUCAUGCUCAUCAAACCAUUCAGUGACCACUCGUGCCCUGUGGGUGGGGACAUUGACAUCCUAUGGGGGACUUAGCCAUGGUAGCCAAAAGAAUGGGCUGCCCAGAAUUUGUAUAGAUAUACCCUAAGCAUGAAGCAAUGUUUUAAUUGCUUAAUUAACUAAGGAACCACAACAGUGUGGAAGCACCUGCUUUCAAUAUCAUUUGUUUCCCUCAAGUGUGUCAAUUAUUUUGGCAGUUACUUUAUGUACAGUUGUUAAGAUACUGUAUGUGGAUAGCUUGAAGUGGACCAUCCUCUAGUUGUUUUUUAUGGCUGCCAUUACCUCAAAGCAAAGAAAAUAAAUAUUUUUCAUAGCACCUCAGGUAGCCACUCCGUUUUACUCCAAAAUGCAUAAUUAUCGAUAAUACGGUGGUAUAAAUGUACCAAAUCACAUUGUAAACAGUGUGGGGGGUAAAGAAGUUGAAUUAAAGGUAUAAUCAUCAAUCUCUUUAGGGGUCUAUAGAAAGUGAAUAAGAAAAGUAUAAUUAUGACAAGAGGCAAGCAAAGCAGACCACUCAGCCAGACUCCUGCAUUUAUCCCCCUUACACUUGGUGUCUUGACAACUAACAAAAACACCUUUCCUCCGGUUUUCUACUUUGAAGAAAUGCAAUAUGUUUGAUUGAAAUGUACUGUAGACGACGAGCAGAAGAAACUGUAGUAAACUGUUAAUACAUGUGUGGUACUAUAAGAACACCAAUGGAUUGGUGGUGUUCCUCUCACAAACGUGUAUCAGUGUGCAAAUAGAAUGUCAAUCAAGCAAAAUGGCUUUUUGGAGAAAUACACAAUAGUAUUGUAGCACCAAUUGUAAUAUUUAAAUGGCUUUAUAGUUGUAAUAUCACAGUGCACCUGCAACAUUCCAAGGGCAAUAUAUUGUUAAAAGGGGGAGAUGGGUUGGGGAAGAGAAACAUAAUGCUUGUCUAGUAAUGCUUGGCAUGAGAUGAGUGCACAGAUAGCAUGGUAGUCUUCCACAGAGAACACAUACACAUGAGAGAGAGGUGUUUUCUGUGGCAGUUGAAGCAUAAAAAACAUUUAUUUUUCUGUAUCAUCCCAGUGGCCUGUUUUCUAAACACCAUCACAGAGGGAGAAGAGAUGUGAAUCACACAUGAAUAAUGUAUGCAUCUUUCCAAAUAUUGUCAAGCACACUAGAACCCUUUAAUUUGCUUGAGCUUUAAGCUCCACUGAAAUUGACCUUUUCCCACUAUCUCCUAUACAGCCAGUGAAAAGCCCUAUGGGCUCUAGCAUGUAUUUCCUAUAGGCCCUAUGGGAUGUAUGUGUAUUUCCUAUAGGCCUUAUGGGAUGUAGAAAUGAUAUCAUAUGUUCAGCUUGUGGCUCAGGAGAUAUGAGUAGUAAAGCCAGUGACUUUGACUGUGAAGGUUACUAUUGAAAAGCUUACAUUGCGCAUGCAAACAUGCCAUGAUCAAUUGUCUCUGUGUGUCAUUUAGUGCUUUGUGAUAAUAUGAAACGUAAACCCAUCAUCCACAUUAUUAUCUCCCCGCGUCUGCAAACAACAACAACACCAGAAGGAAAGUCAGAGAGACAGCUUGUCUCCCAGAUCUGGGCUUUGGGAUAAAGAAUGAAUUAUUCAUCAUCGUUUUUUUCUGUCGCAUAAUACUUAACAUUCCUUUCCUGUCUGUUGAGAGAAACUUCCCUGUGCUUGCAGCGUGCUCACUGCUGUACCCGUUGGUAAACAGAGGUUUUGAUACAGUCACGUUGGGUUCAUCAGGGUGAGGACCCUUUCCACUAGUUGUGUUGCUCUGUCAUCCAACUCCACCUCUCAUGGCCAGACUGCAGCUAAAUGAUGAUGUAUUACCCUGUCCCCCAGAGAUGAGAGGUCUCCUUUCACUCUCAUGGAUGAAGCAGUCAAGCACUCUACAGCCUAAUUACAUAACCUUCAACUGGACAGACAUUUAAAUACCAUCUGACUGGAGACUCUGAUGGAAUAGAUUCUACUCAGGUUACCAGUGACUGCAUAAGCCCUUUUUUGUUAUGUGAGACAAACGUUUGUCAGCAACCUUUGGUUUAAUCAUUGUUGCUGUUUAUUCAUGAUUACGAAUCCUGAUUCCCUGCUCUUUAUCUAUAUGACACUACAUGUCUUCUAAUGACUCACCAUCACUUUGUUUCUACCUAAUGUGGAAUAAAAAUGUCAUGCAAUCAGUUUAUCUGCAGGGGUUGAACCUGUCUAGCAGAGUCUGACCUGAGCUAACCUCACAGCAGUGUGGCCUGCUAUGAGGUGGGGUUGUGAAGGGGUUAGCGCUGUGUAGUGUAUGGUUCAGGGUGGAUUACACUGUAAUGUCAGGAGGCUGAUCUGAACCCUGAACCUGUUAGUGGUGGUGGGGCAGUACUGUAUGCUGACUUCAUAAUUAGCCGGCUCCUAAUCCUUCCCCAGUGGUUCUGUAUCUGCCCAACCUCACUUAGAUUCUCCCUGUACUCCUCUGGACAAUACAGCAGAUCAAUGUGUAUGUGUGAGAGAGUGUGUGCGUACAUGUGCUCAUGUACAUGUGUGUGUGUGAACAGUGUAUGUUUCUGUCUGUGUGAGUGCAUGCGUGGGUUACUUUACCAGCAUACUCAACCUGCCACCGUACGUACCCAUGAGGAUUAAGUGGCAACUCACAAUAGCGGAGAGCUGUAUGAGUGACAGCUGUAACUCAGCCUCUCUGGGGAGAGAUUGGGAUCCAGCUCCCCAGACCACUGGUCCUCUCAUCACACAGCCUCCUUCCCUCAGCAGCACACAGGGUUUAGUGUUGCCUCACAUUAUUCACUGCUACAGUAAUCCUCAUGCACUUCUCCUGAGGUGGAUACCAGGCUUUAUUGAAAUGAUGGAUUGUUUCAAUGUGUUGCUACUGCGCAUAGCUGUGUGAAUAUAUCUACUGUACUGUAUGUUUUAUGGAUGUCUGAGGAGGCUACAUGUUUUCAUGCGGCCACCUCUUGCUGACUCUGUGGUAUCACUUGGCCUGGUCAGGCUCACAGAGCGGGGUAGGGCAAAUAUGUGGAAUAUGACACGCUAUUAUCCAUUUUAACAAACAUGCUGGGCAUGUUCCAUCUGCAAAACAAUUAAGCCAAUUUAACCUCCGCAGCCUGUAUGAUAAUGGGACUGCAUUGAGAUUGUCUCUAGCCCAGUGCGGUCCCUGUGCCUGUUGUUUCCACUGAUUCUCUUUCCCCCUCCAAUGUCUCUGUAAGUGCAGUGAGUCGGAACAGGGCGAGAUAAUAGGUUAUGAUGGUGAUGUGCUGGUUUGAUGUGAUCAGGAUAUGUUUUGAAUCAUUUACAAUGGAACUGCUCAGAUAAACCAGUAAUGACUUCCUGGGGCUCUAAUGAAAACAUGCCGCAAUUACUUUACCUAGGGUUUGGCUAAUGUGCUAAUUGGUACACUUGGUGGGUACUAAGUGUAUAGCACAAUAGCACUGACCUGGCUUACAUAAACAGAGCCAUUUAACACCCUCCACUUUGACGGUUCUGUUGUGAUUUGUCAACCCAUAUGUACCUGUCACCCUUGUCUGAUUAUUGAUGAUGUUAGCUAGUUGAUGAUGAAAACAAUGUUCAGUAGUAGUUAAGUCCUCUCCUACAACUUAUCAAUAUUGAUUGAUGGGAAGAAAUGUAUAUGGUGCCAAAGAAAAUGUAAAACACCAACGGCUCGAGCUAACAGCUGUCAGAAGGCAUCUUUAGAGAGGUUUCUUGUAAAAGCUUUCACAGAGUGGGAUUCUGGCGAUGAACAAGUAUCUGGCUUCCUGCUUAGGUUAUAUUCUUUGCAGAGGAUUGUAGCAUACUACUAUAGCUGUUCUUUCCCCCAAGUUGUGUGUCCUCGUCCUUGAUCAUUGUAGAGCAUGUUUCAGUAAUUUGAUUCAUACUUUGGAUCAAAACUCAACCAAAUUUGUAUCAACUUGGGAGUUAAAUCAUGUCAGUCAAGGUGCUGUAGGAAGCAUUUCUUAAAAACCCGAGCAGUUUAGUAGUGAAAUGAAGGCCCUCCCACUGGGCACACACUGGUUGAAUCAAUGUUGUUCCACGUCAUGUCAAUGAAAUGGCGUUGAACCAACGUGGAAUAGACGUUAAAUUGACGUCUGUGCCCAGUGGGCUGUCUGUUUUCAUGAAGGCUUUUUCCCCAAGCAGCUCAUCUUUAAACAUUUUCAAUGAAGUCUUCACAUUAUCGAGUCCAUUAUCCACCAUUUCAAUGUUUUCCUUCCCACUUUAGGACUAAUUCUAAAGCAGAACAUCCACAUUGAUAAUCAAAGCGCGUUCUCUUCACUUUCAAACUUGAAAGGGAGUUGGGGAGAACUUUGAAGUGCACUCAUGGGCCUGAGUUGAACUUUGGUUCUCCCCCACUCACAUAGAUCAGCCGCACAUCAACCCACCACCUCCGCCUCUGCUGUAAACCAGUAGAUCAGGCCAGAGUGACGCCAGCACAGAGGUCAUCUGCUCCCAGAUCAAGCUGCACCAGGACCCUCUGUUAGGGGGAAAACACGCCAUCCCACCUGCCAAAUAAAUCACAGCAGAGUUCAACAAAGCUUUUGAUUUAGUGAAUGCACACAGUGGUAUUUAGUAACAAUACAAGUCAUUGAUUCGAAUCGCUGUGGUGCCAACCUUGAUGUAUAUGUAAUUACGGAUGAUUGAGUGUCUGAAGCCGCAAAAUAUGGGAAGGGAUUAUGCAAAUGAUUGCGUAAGAGAAGCCUAAUGAGAUUUUCCAAUGCUCAAGGCGACAGCAGGAGGUAUGAUGGGACCUGUCAUCAUCUGUUAUGACAUAGCCAUAGGAUAUGUUGCUGUUUAGGUUCAAGCAGGAUGUUUCCACCAUCAUCAGAGGAGAAGUCAAGUCAAUAACUCAACAGAAUAGAAAGACCAUGUUUGGGCUCGCAACACCAGUGACAUGUGGUUAAGGUUUUGGAACUUCAACUAUACAACUGUAGGAUUUUAGCUACACAAAUUGACUGCUGUCAUCGGGCUCUUUCCCAAAAAUGAUGUUAUUUCAUGAUGUGUUCAUAGGGCCUAAAAGUAGCCUAGAUUAAUAUUUCAGGUAAGUAUUUGAAUUCAUCAAUGCGGUAUGUGAUUUACAAAUAAGUGUUGACAGCUGAAACUUGAUUUGUAGAUGGACAAAACAGCCAGAGUAAAUCCAAGGAAAGAUUUUUUGAGGUCUUGACAUUCCCUGAGCAUCUUUUACUUACAGCACUGUGGUCUGUGGCUCUGGUCUAUCUGUUUUAUAUGUGCUGAUGCAUUGUAGUUUUCCCGUAGCUUCUACCUUAUUUAUCUCACCUUUAAAAGUGAUACAGUGUGCUGCUGAUUGAAAACAGCUUGAGAGAUCCCAGCCAGUUGCUGUCCUUUAAGGCCUUCUUUCAUGCUGAGAUUGUUUUGGUUCCCAUGGAAACCAUGCCAUAUUAAAUAGCGUAGCACAAUGUGCUUGAUUUCUUUUUGUGAGAAAAUACAAGUCUUUAGUUUGAUCAGGUGGACAGUUUCUGACUAGACAGUGGUCUUCCUCAUCACCUAAGGAACAUGUCAAGGCCAGUAAAGAUGGACUUGUCAUGAAUGUGUAUUUUGAUUAAGGUUAGAACAGUAUAGCUAUUAUUUCAAUCUAGAUUACGUGAGUAAUGUAGCAAUGUACAGGUAAGUGCCAAAAUAAAGGAAGCACUUGAGUAAAUGAGUUGAAAACAGGUGCUUCAACAAAGGUGUGGUUCGAUUAGUUAAUUAAGCAAUUAGCAUCCCAUGCUUAGGUUCAUAUAUAUGGGAGAUUGGGAAUGGGAGAUUAUGGAGUGGCGCUUGAGACAGCAUUUUACACCACCAUCAACAAAACACCAAAUUAUGGAAUUUGUCAUGGAAGAAUGUUGUUGUAUUGAAGCUGUUCUGGUAGCUCAGUUUCCCAAUGCCCUAUUAAGACACUAUGUUGGUGUUUCCUUUAUUUUGGCAGUUACCUGUAGGUGAUAUGAAACUAAUGGCUUUUGACGUUGACAGCUAAAUCGAAAGAAGAUCCUCAUCAGCAAGACGCACAGUGUGUUCUUUCUCAAAAGGUCAUCUCAGUCUUGGUUAGGGAAAUAUAUCUGAGCUACACAGGCUUUGGGGCUUGUCUGAGGCAGGGAGAAGCAGAUUCACUGUCUUUUCAAGACGACUGGCGGGCAUUUACGCAGGGUUAUGAAGAGGCCUGAGUCGAGGUAUAACUUUGUCUGCAUCUCUGUUACUGGAGGCACUGCAGAAGAGGGUUAUGUGGUAUUUAUGGUUUCAAGAUCCUUAAUUUCACCUACGUUGCCAUUUGUCAUCUUCCAUAUUCUGGAAACACCUCAUGGGCUUUCCAUUUUUGGAACUUGUCCUCAAGCAAAAUUCACUCUGAUUAAUCCUCAGAUUAAAUUUGGGAGGACUAUUCAACUUUUCGCUUUCCACAGAUCUAUAUUAUUUUGUGUCCAUUUUACUCUAGUACCAUAGUCUACACAUAGCAGAUAUAUUCCUUAUCUCCCGCUGAGCCGGGAUGCUCAACCAUUUGACUUAUAUCACAGAGGAGUGAUAGUAAUGUAGACCGCAAAGGCUGUCUGAGGCUGUUUGAUGUGCAGUCCAUGAACAAAUGUAAGCUGUGCUCAGAGUAGCCUAUCCCAAAUUCAUAGUCAUGUGAGAAACUAAGGGGCAAGGUUUACUUACUUCUAAUCAAGUGAAGACAUCAUUUUAUGUUCAGUCUUUGGCUACAGUUGCAUUUUGUAAAUGUCACGUUCUCACAAGGAAUCUUGAGAAACUUUACGAAAAUUCAAGUGCUCUAUUUUCCCACUCAUUUAAGGUGUUUUUAAUGCUCUGGUUUCUAUCUAUACUUUAGUGUACGGUUUCACAAACUCGGUCCUGGGGCCCCCCUGGGUGCACGUUUAGUUUUUUUCCCUAGUGCUACACAGCUGAUUGAAAUAACCAACUCACCAUCAAGCUUUGAUUAUUUAAAUCAGCUGUGUAGUGCUAGGACAAAAACCAAAAUGCGCACCCAGGGCAGGAGGGGAUGGGGGGGUUGGAAACCCUGCUUUAGUGGACGCUUUACACCCUAGUCUGAGAUGAUGCAUAUUAAAAUGACCUUUCCAAAUGUGAUGCUUCUCAGAUAUGAAUAUAAUUUCACUCCUCUCGAGAGAUCAGCAGUUAUAAAGCUCCUGCAUAAUGUUUUUGGAAACAUCCUAAGCACUCACUUUUGGGAAGUUAUAAAGUAAUUUUAUGUAUUUCAGAACUCUCCGUAAGCUGACAUAAAUGAUGCAUCCACAGUAAAUCUGGUGUAAUAGGUGAUCCUGUUGGUCUUUUCAUUGCCAGUGUGGCCUCUACACUAAAAGUUACAGGUCACACUUCCCAGUUUAAUGUCUCCACCACAACAUUUACAGUCCUUGGUUUUCCUCAAACUUCUGGAUAGUCUUCUAAUGCCAUAUUUUUAUCAAUACCUAACAUCAUUGAGAUUUUUUGGGACCAUGUGAGAAGAUGCAUGUUUUUAAGGCUGCUGCAAUGUCUACUUGUCUUAAUUGAGCUCUAUAGGAAUCUUACAUCCCUGAUUAGGGUCAGUUUAUCCCUGGUUAGGGUCAGUUUGUCCCUGGUUAGGGUCAGCUUGUCCCUGGUUAGGGGUCAGUUUGUCCCUGGUUAGGGUCAGUUUGUCCCUGGUUAGGGUCAGUUUGUCCCUGGUUGGGGUCAGUUUGUCCCUGGUUGAGGUCGGUUUGUCCCUGGUUAGGGUCAGUUUGUCCCUUGUUGGGUUCAAUUUGUCCCUGGUUGAGGUCGGUUUGUCCCUGGUUAGGGUCAGUUUGUCCCUGGUUGGGGUCAGUUUGUCCCUGGUUAGGGUCAGCUUGUCCCUGGUUGGGGUCAGUUUGUCCCUGGUUAGGGUCAGUUUGUCCCUGGUUAGGGUCAGUUUGUCCCUGGUUGGGGUCCGUUUGUCCCUGGUUAGGGUCAGUUUGUCCCUGGUUAGGGUCAGUUUGUCCCUUGUUGGGGUCAAUUUGUCCCUGGUUGAGGUCGGUUUGUCCCUGGUUAGGGUCAGUUAAUUAUUUAACAAACAGCCUCUGUUUUACAGACACUGGAUUUGGGACGUCAAUUGUUUCUGAGAACAGCUAUUUUCUCUGUCUAAUACUGUAUGUUUUUAGAAUUCCUGGGUGUAAGGGUUUCCUGUCUGGGCAAAAGAAAGCUGGCCAUUGAACAAUAAUCUGGCCAGCAGUGUGCCUUGGGGCAUGCAGUGAGACACUGCCAUGAGCAAGAAAAUGUGUGAUCUAAUUUAGGGCCAGCGAGGCGUUCAAUCUUCUCUCUGCGGACUGUUGGCACUCCACACCAUUCAGUUUCUUUGUUUUGGAGAAAGCUGCUUUCACUGCGGUUCAAAAUGUAUUCUGUCCAUGCCAUCAGGGUCAAACCCAGCAGGAGAUGCCAUGCAACAGUUUAUUCUGCUUCCCUGUCCCUGAUGGUUUAAAUCCAUUUGUGUUUGUUUGUGAGGCUGAGAUUCUGUGAACUCCUGAAUCACAACAUUGGAGAAAAGGCUAAGAACAGGCCAUGUUGUGUAUGGUCUCUUUUGAGCUUCUUUAGAUGAUCAAAUGUACUGUACUUUAUUGUACUGUAUUGGUCAGAUGUCCUUGCAUGGUUUUAUGAUGGGACAUAAACCUACUACCUUGCGACAUUCUCUCUUCCACCCUCCACAAUGCCAGGAAAUUAAAUCAAAUAUGGACAAGACGUCAUACCAUGUUUUGGUAUGUAAAUGUUUUGGUAUGUAAAUGUAUGGGCACUGAUGCUCUAAAUGAUUGAAAUCAUAAUACUUUGCAGAUCAACUGAUCAAACCUACUGAAAUUGUUACUCUAUGCCUCUUAAGCAUACAUCCUGUAUACAAAUGUACAGUAUGCAUCAUGGUGGGAGAGAGGGAGGAAGAACCUGCAUUACUAUUAUUGUUAUAGAUAUUUUCAGAAACCCAGAACCCUGUCUUUCAACUCAUUCUGCUCAGUGCCUGGAGGGCUGCUUCUAAAGAUCAGAGCUGUUCCUUAUCGCCCAAACACACUUUCUGUUUUAGCCUGUAAUGCUAUAACACAAUGUGUCCCUGAAGUGAAGCGUGGCCUUUCAAACGUCACCUUGGAGUAGAUGUGAAGAGUGGCUCAUUGUGGCCCGCAGCUCUCUGCUCUGUUUUAUCCAGAGCAAGGUGAAGGAAGAGCAGACUGGCUUUGAAUAUUAACCUUAUUCUUAUUCUAGUCCAAGUACUACUACCAUUUUAAAGAUAGCAGUAAGCGCUAGCUGAUGACAGGUUGAUGUUUAUUGUCAUGAAUCUUGCCCUGGAGGCAGAACUGAGGGAUUUCCGCUAGAUGUACCAGCUGCUAAAUAGUUAGUUAAAUAGUUAACCUACUGUAUAGAGUACCACAGUAUGAGUCAUAAUAACCAUAAAAUCUAGUGGUCAAACAUGGAAAUGGUUCCAAUCGUUUUCCACCAUCCAUUCAUUUAAGAAACACCUCAAAUAAGUGCUGUGUUUCGUGUAGGCUUACCCUUGCGUGACAUUUUGAUAACCGUGUCAAUUUCUCUGAGACAAGGUGACUUUUAUCAAUAUAUUCGACUGUAACACCUCUAAUGUGGAGCUCUAUAGCAAACCGGACUAUCUGCGUUGACCCUUUUUGCACUAACAUGUUGCUGUUUAUUAUAUAUUCUGUUGCCUAGUCACACUAUCCCCAUCUAUAUGUACAUAUCUACCUCAAUUAUCUCGUACUCCUGCACAUUGACUCUGGUACCGUGUGUAUAUAGCCAUUGUUACUCAUUAUGUAUUAAUUCCUUAAUUCCUUAUUUUUCUAUUAUUUAUGUUUUUUCUCUCUGUAUUGUUGAGAAGGGCCCAUAAGUAAGCAUUUCACUCUUAGUCUACACCUAUUGUUUACAAAGCAUGUGACAAAUACAAUUUGAUCAUUUACAAAGACAAAAUUGUCUAUAUUUAAAAAAUAUAUGAAAACAAAAAUGAUCUUUUUAUUAAGAUUAGGUUAGGGAUUAGGGUUAGCAGUGUGGUUAAAAUCUGAUUUUAUGACUUUGUAGAUGUGCCAGCAAGUGACUACUUUGCAGAGCUGCCUCCAGGGCAAGAUUCAUGACAAUAAAUGCUUGCUAGCUGAUGUGGAACGCCAGAUCAUAUAGGAUGGGUAGGGGUUGAGGCCUGCACUGUAAGGUCCUUAUCAUAUCACCACUUCUCAGGGAUUUGGAUUAGGGGAGUAUUAUCUGUGGAAUCAACCUGUGAUUUUGACAUUAUUGAACAUACAAUUUAUUUUCAGAUGUAAUUUCAUAUGUACAGUAUUAUACAGCUAACUGCCAAAAUAAAGGAAACACCAACAUAGUGUCUAAAUAGGUCAUUGGGCCACGACAAGCCAGAACAGCUUCAAUACACCAUUGCAUAGAUUCUACAAGUGUCUGAAACUCUAUUUGAGAGAUGCAACACCAUUUUUCCAUGAGAAA